GUUUUCGAUGUUGAUGGCAAUCUUGACAUAAGAGGCGCUGAUUUCGUUCCUUUGAAUAAACAGUGAAUCAAGGCUGACAACAACUUAAAAGUUUUCUUUAUGUGGCCUGCAGUCCCAAAUCGGCCAUGCUGUCAGCUGUCUUUGGGAGAUUAUACAGUGGCUACCAGUACACCAAGAGUUGGAUCCCAGGCUUCCAUCAUGCACAAACUCAGGUUCUUCCCACGCAAGAAACUGUCUACAAAGUGAGGAAGCUAUUUGACAUUGUUGAUAAGUUGAAGUUAAUAGAGGAGGCUUCAAAGGAAUGCAGGCAUGAUGCUGCAGGGCAGAAAGUUUUUGAGCGUGGAGGAGGAGGUUCUGACUUGGUUAAAGAAGUUGAAUAUGACCUCAGGGAAUUUAAACUGAACCUUGAUAGCUGCCCAAAGAAUGAGGACCUCUCGGACAUUGCAGGUGACACUGGAUAUAACGUUCUGCAGUACUGCAUCAUCAAAAACCAAAUCAGUGGUGUUCGAGUCAUUUUAGAACGUGGCUGGGAUCUCAAUAUUGGUGGCUGCAGUAAACCAUUGCAUCUGGCGUCCAAGUUGGGUUAUGGUCAGAUUGUUGAAGACCUAUUGCUGGCUGGUGCAAAGGCUGACAUCCAGUCGUCAGUGUGCUACCCAGACUCUCACACUCCAGCCAACUGUGGCUCAUUGCCUGUACCAUUUACCGGGUAUUUCCAGAAGAGACCUAAAUGCCUUGGAAGUUCCGACCCGAUGCUGCCUGUUUACUAUGCGCUAGAAAACGAUCAUUUGGAAGUGGUUCAGGUUCUUCUAAGGGCCGCUGCAACCAACAGUGCAACUGUGCCUUACAAAAUGCAAAACCUCUUCAAUAUGGCUUGUAAAUUCGGAGCCUACAGGUGCAUUCAUUAUUUCCUUGAGUCUCUUGGACAGUACUCCUCACUGAAUGAUAACAAAUCAUCUCCUGAUCGAAGACCCCCCAGCCCUCAACAUGGUUAUGUGUAUUCAAUACUUCACUACUUUAGUGACCAGAACAACAUUGAUGUGAACUUUCGAGACAGUGAGGGGCACUGCCCGCUAUUCUACAGUUUGCCAUACGGCGAAAAGUGCAUGAAACUUUUGAUUGAGAGCUCUGCCAAUGUUCAUGUCAAGACGAAAAAGUCUGAGACAGCUUUACAUCUUUUGUUCAGGAGAAAUUAUGCACCGCUUGAAUUAGCUGGGUCUUUGAAACUGUUGUUGGGGAAUGGUCUGGAGGAGGACACGAGCACAGUGGAUAGUUCAGGGAACACUGCCUUGCACUAUGCUGUCUCACAUGUCAAUCAUCGAGUAAACUCUGUCGUCCAGAGCGACAUCUUGUGCUACGAAGGUGAAGAUUUAGAAGACGUUUCCAUGGACACGCAGUGGGGUUACCAGCAACAAGUGGUCGAGACUUUAGAGUUACUUCUUCAACAUAACUGUGAUUUGAAGGUCCAGAAUAAGACGGGGAACACUGCUUUCCAAAAGCUAAUCCAGAAUUUGUAUAGCUAUUUCACAGCCGCUCCGAAUGUGGAGCAACUACACUGGAGGCAGGGUUACUUAGUUACGAUGAAGGCAUUCGACCGUGCAAUGGAUACCCUUCUCAAAUAUGGUGCUAUGGUGAAUCAGUGUAACCCUGCUGGUCUUUCUCCCCUGAGAAUAAUCCUGCAGACAUUGCUUAACAUUGACCAGGAUGUGCUUCCACAGUAUACCGGUGAUUUUGUCGAAUGCCUGGACGUGCUCUGUAAACAUGGUGCUGAUACGAACUUUUUUGUGGGACACAGUGGUGGUUUGUGUGUAUCCAUGUUAACUGCCCUCGGAGAGUCAUGCAUUUGCUACACUGCACCAAGCUACACUGAUGAAAUGAAAAGAGAGAAUGCCAUGUUUGUAAACCAAGUCUUAAAUCUGUUGUUGUCCUACGGUUUAAAUCCCAACUACAGUUCACGGCGCCGCCGACCAUACCUCCAAGGAGGAAAUGGCAACGCCCUCGUUGAGUUUGUCCAACUCACACGCUGUGUGACAUCAGUGUAUGACCUCCGGUACAUCUACUUGUGGGUCAAGACGCUCCUCCAGAGGGGUGCAGACCCUGAUAUUGAACCCUACCCUGCUGAUCCGACAAUCGUUCAUUGUCAAAGUUCCAUCUUCCUGAAACACAAUAAGACGCAGGCAGUCAACCACUACAUGCAUCAGAUUAAAGACUUGAGUGCACUCCUUGGCGAUCACUACAUCUUGAAACUUCUCCUUCUGUUCUACAGUUCCAUGGAUCAUGACAUAGUCUAUCAGAGCCUGAACAUGGCCAAGUCAAAGUUCGAUAAUCAGAAAUGUGAACGAUUUUACCACAUUUUGAACGAGUUGUCUUGUCAACCGCGAAGCCUCAAACAGAAUGCUAGGAUUGCUGUUUAUAAGGCAUUGGAUCGUAACUUGGUUGGACGAGUUGAUUUGCUGGAUAUUCCUGAGAUCUUGAAGGAAUAUCUUCUUGAGAUUGAACCUUGAAGUUUUAAUUUUGUAUGGACAGAUUUAUUUAUCCUACACAGUUCAACUGUGAUUUGAGUUUCUUAAGUUUCAUGCCUUCGAGUGAGUUAUUACUAAAGAUCUCAAUCACUCCAUCAUAGCUGCUGUAUAUUUUGCUGUAUAUUUUCAAGGCUCUUUAAUUGUGUACAUUUUUGAUUCUGCCAUUUUGUUGUAAAUUUCUAUCUAGAUGAUCAGGAGAAAUCUACUCAUCGUGCCAUAGGCCGUUCCGUUAGGAGCAGGGUAGGUAAUUAACCUGCUAUCAUUAUGAUCAUAUACUUAAAAAUGUGGCCAACAUAAUUACCAUAAAUUGCCAACAGUCAUCACUUCUUCUUUGUCUUGCUGCUGUUUGUCCUACUGCUUUCUAUUUUGUGUAUUCAUACUUCAAAACUAUCAAUUAUGUGUUCGGUUUAUCUCUGUAUCUAAGAAGUAGAAAUUUGGACACAGGCACCUGUGGAUCAAAACUCCAGCCCAACUGUCAACACCCAUAUUUUAUAAGUGUUGUCAGUUUGGCUGGAGUACCCGUGGUUUGGGUUACUGCCAGUCAGGCAUUGUAUAGUUUCAUAGCUGGUGAACUUGUGCUAAUCUUCCACAAAAUAUUGUAAAAUAUUUUUUGCUGAAAUAUAAAGAUCAUGUUGAUGUACCA